AUGGCCAACAUUUCUAUGCAAGACAUCGAAGCAGUGGAUGACUACUGGGGGCCAACGUUUCGCACCAUCCUGGAGGGAAAUUCCCAGGACCAGAUCUCCGAGCAGCUGGAUUCACGUAUCCGUUCGCACGAUAAGGACAUCGAGCGUAUCUGCAAUCUGUACUAUCAAGGAUUUAUCGAUUCGAUCCGUGAACUGCUGCAUGUGAAAUCUCAGGCACAGGGCCUUAACCAAGAAGUACUCACACUGAACGAUGGUCUGGGGAAAGCAUCGGCCGGCGUGAUCGCUAAAGGUAACGAAUUGGUGAAGGCACGCAAGGUAGAGGGAAACAUAGCGGGCGCUAUUGAAGGGCUAUCGAGCUGUCUGCCGGUAUUGGAAUGCUACAGCAAGCUAUUGAAGCAGGUGCGCGAAAAGCGUUACUAUCCUGCGUUGAAAACGCUCGAAGUUUUAGAAAGCGAAUACCUGCCGAAAGUGGCCGGUUAUCGAUUUUCCCAGCAAAUGCGUGACACGAUACCGAAGCUGAAGGAAAACAUCAAAAAAUCGUCGGAGGAAGACUUCCGCGAGUUUCUGGAGAACAUUCGCAAGUUUUCACCAAAGAUCGGCGAGAUCGCAAUGAAGCAUACGAAGGAGCUACAGAAGCGUGAUCUGGAGACGAUAAUCACCGAGUAUAAGGCGCUGGCAAAGCAAGGUGGGCCGAUCUGCUCGGACUUUGGUGAUGAUGAUGAGGACGUUAAUGCGCAAGAUCUGAUCGAUUUUUCUCCCAUUUAUCGCUGUCUGCACAUCUACACGGUGCUAAACGAUAAAGAGUACUUUGAGAAGGACUAUCGCAAGCAGCGUCGGGAUCAGGCGAAGUUGGUGCUGCAAGCACCGCAAACAAUGCACGAUAAUCUGGAAGCGUACAAGACGUACAUUUACUCGAUCGUAGGAUUUUUUGUGGUGGAGGAUCACGUCAUGAACACAGGGGGCGAUAUCGUCACACAAACGUACCUUGACGAUUUGUGGUCUUCUUCACUAUCGCGCGCGGUCAAUGUGCUCAGCAUGUCGUCGUCUUCCUGUACCGAUCCGAACGUACUGUUGCGUAUCAAGAAUCUGAUUAUGUUGAGCAUCACUACGCUCAAAAACUAUGGCUACACCGUGACGCAGCUGUGGGAUCUGUUGCUCGAAAUGCGCGAUCACUACAACGAGGUGUUGCUGCAACGUUGGGUGAACGAAUUCCGUGACAUUCUGGACAAGAGUGAUUUCCUGCCCUUAGAAGCACACAAUCAGGAAGAGUACGAUGCGGUGCUGGAACGAUUUCCGUUCCAUUCGGAGCAACUGGAAACACAACCCUUCCCGAAGAAAUUUCCGUUUUCGCGGAUGGUUCCCGAAGUCUACCACCAGGCGAUGGAGUUCAUGUACGCGUGUAUGAAAUUUUCCGAGGAACUUACGCUAUCACCGAACGAGAUCGCUGCGAUGGUUCGCAAGGCUGCCAAUCUGCUGCUGACGCGCAGUUUCAGCGGCUGCUUGUCGGCCGUUUUCCGAAGCCCAAGUUUGGCGCUGAUGCAAGUCAUCCAAAUCAUCAUAGAUACGCAGUAUCUGGAAAAGGCAGGUCCGUUCCUGGAUUCGUUCGUGUGCAAAAUGACCGGUACGGUACAGAGCGUCACCCAGACACCUUCGGCACUGUUUCAUGUCGCACGCUCGGAAGCGGAACAGCAGGUAUCGACCAAGCUGUGCUGCAAGCUGGAUGAGUUCUUCGAGGAACUCGAAAACUACGACUGGGUGCUGCCGGAAUCGUACGGUCACGCAUCACCUUUCGUGACGGACAUGGUUGCCUUCCUGCAGAGCACAUUCCAAAGCUUUUCCUAUAUCUUGCCCGGGGUGGCACAGGCCGCCUGUAAGAAGGCGUGCGAACACAUCGCAACGACCAUUUCGAAGUUAAUUCUUUCGGAAGACAUACGACAAAUAUCGGGCGGUGCGCUCGAUCAGAUCAAUCUCGAUCUGAUGCAGUUCGAGCUGUUUGCUUCAUCCGAUCCGGUGCCCGGAUUGCGCGAGGGCGAUCUUUCCAAGUACUUCGCCGAAAUUCGACAAUUGUUGGAUCUGCUCAUCUCGGAGGAUUGGAGUGCCUAUCUGCAUGAUUACGGCAAGGACGAGAACCGAUACUCGCUGGUACAUCCAUCAACGAUCAUAGUGGUGUUGGAAAAAUUGCGUGAAGCCGACAAGAAAUCGAUGCUGUCGCUGAUGAAAUCCAAAUCGGAGCGUGAUAAGAAGAAGCUUCAGGAGACGGUGUUGCGACAGUUGAAGCAGCUGGCAGAGAGACAAAACUGA